AUGGUGGCCGUUGACCUCGGUCUUCGCGCUCUGAUUCAUUUCGGCCUUCGCGAUGCCCAUAUCUGCUUCUGCUCUGACAAUCAGGGAGUGGAAGGUGCCAUCAGAGCCGGUCGCUCUCGUAGCCCUGCACAGAAUGAUAUUCUACGCAGUCUGUUGGCAUUCACUCAUAACCACGGUAUAUGGUUUUCUGUCAAGUGGGUCAAAUCGGCAGAUAACUUAUCCUUAUCAGACGGUAUCUCGAGGGGUACCUUUCCCCACCCCAAAUUGCGUUUUAGUCACCAUCCGCCCAUUCCUGCCUAUCUUAAGCCCUUUGUAAAGCUCGUUUAG